AUUUGAUUUUUCACCUUUGCAGUUUAAGGUUUGGCUCCUUCAAUGAAUCCAGCCAAACUAAAGGUUUGUGGUCCGUUUUAAUAGUGAAUUUUCGGCCCCAUAAAUAUUGCCUAAAGUACUUCGUUGCCGCCACAAUGGCGAGUAGUUCUUUCUCUAUUGUGGAAUACCUACAUACGUUUAUGUUCAUUCAAUGUUCUACUGUAAUAAGAUAUAACUUUUUCGUUCUGCAUUAAGACAGCACCGAUCGCAAAAUUUGAUACAUCCGUGACAAGGGUGAAACUUUUAGAAUAAUCGGGAUAGAUAAGAAUUGGGUCAGUCAUCAAGAGUAACUUGAGUUUCUUAAAGGCAUUGAUGUAGUCCAUGUCGGAAACAUUUAUUUCCGCUCCUUUCUUCAAAUAUUUUGUCAUGUGAUAGGCAAUCUUUGAAUAGUCUCUUAUGAACUUUCGAUAAUAGCCCGUGAUCCCCAAAAACGAUUUAAUUUCCUUUUCCGUUUUUGGUAGCUCUAUUCUUUGAAUCGCUUCAACCUUCUGAGGAUUCGGUUUAAUGCCGUCAUCAGUGACUAUAUGUUCCAAACAUUCGGUCUGUCUCUGCAAAAAUGAGCUUUGUCUAGUUGUAUUUUGAGAUUAACCUCACUCAAUCGUUGAAGUAUUCGGCCUUAUCACGCACUCCAUCGUAAACUGUAUUUCGGAGAAGUUACUACAAAAACAUUCAUGUAUUUCGAACAACUCCGAACGUAAAUUCGAAAAUCGGAGAAUAGCAUUCACUGAACACACUUUAAAUGUCAAAUUGUCACAUUUCCCACAAUUUUUCUACGGCAAGUUUUUGUAAGCGGAAAAUCCACGAAAAAUUGAAAUAAAUUAAAAUAUAGUGAAAAAAUUAUAAAAAUGUAAGUAUUUAUUGAAUAAACGCGCAAUCAGUAUUUAAUUUGUCAAAAUACAAGUCCAAAAUAACAACAAGGCAACAGUAUGCGGCUUUGCUGGUGUUGCUGCAAGAAAAGCCCUCUAUGGCACACGGCUUUUCAAAGUGCUCUAAGGAAGAAGCGUCUGAGUUUUGGAAAAAGGUGGCGGAGGAGCUUAACAGCAUGGGCCCACCUCAGAAAAACAUCACUAGCUGGGAAAAGGUAUGGCUAGACUGGAAGGCGUAUAUUAAAAGGAAGCUACCGGAAAACAAAAUAGAACAGAGGGCUACUGGUGGCGGUCGAAACAGGCAGCACCAUUUCAAUGAAAUGGAGGAAGCUGUCAUCCGAUUGACUGCACUAGAGACUAGCACGAAUGGAAUUGAAAACACUGUGAGUGUUGGGCUACCUGUUGAAGGCGAUUCUGAAGCUGAGAUCGGGGCGGACGUGUCAAUGACGUCAUCGAGCCGCAGUCCAGCACUUCCGAGACGUAUUUCCUCUGCGCGCAAACCAACUGAUACAAGUACAGCAGAAGUACUUCAAGACCAUUUUUUGCUUCAAAAGGAAUUUCAGGAAAAGACCAUAGCACACUAUUCAAUACAGGAACAAAAGCCGGAAGAUAUUUGUUCCGGUAUACGACGAUUAUACCUAGCAAUGGAAAAGCACUACGACCUGAAGAAUGCAGAAGUGGAAGAAACCCAUAGACACAACCAAUCCAUGGAAGAUUUGAUCAAUGCUAAAAAUUCAAUAAAAAAACAAAUGUUAUUAGUUGAGCAAAAAAGCUUAAAGCGAUUUCCAAAAACAACUGAAAUUUAUACAUAUGUAUGUAUGUAUAUGUACAUUCCUUUAUUUAUACACAAGUGCCUAUCAAAAGUUCAAAUAAAAAAAGUGUAAAUGAA